AUUGGAUUUAAAGCGGGAAAGAAAGAGACGUUAUUAGUGAAGCAGUGACAUUAAAAAGUUUACUACAGCUGGAUAAACAGUUGUAAAAACCUCCUGCCAAUGUGUACGGUAUGGUAACAAACGAGCUUUAUGUUUUUAUUAAUGUAAGUUUACCAAAUAAUGUACCGUAAGUUGAGCAAAGCAGCUAACCGACAAAAGCUGACUGUCACCGGGGAAACGAGACACUAACGGUCACUAACGUUCACACGGGGACAAACAAGGACUUCCUGGGACAUGUUGACUGAAGACAGGAGGACACUAACAACUUUAUUGUCUCAAUGAAAGAGAAUAAAAUGAAGCCGAAACGCAUCCAGAGACACACAGGACCCAACUGGCCAGGGAAGGGCAUCAGUACUGGUGACAAGGUAACGCUGAGCCAAGCUAAGACUAGAUGCUUGCCCUCUCCUGCUCAACUCAAACCUUUUGCUGGGAAGGUAUUUUACCUGGAUCUUCCAUCAAACAGAAUAGCAGAGACAUUGGAGAGUGACAUCAAAGACUUGGGAGGGACAGUUGAGAAGUUCUUCAGUAAGGAAAUUAAGUAUUUGGUAUCCAACAAGAGGGAGGCUAGAUAUGUGCAGUGCCUCAGGCAGGACUCUCCUGUCCCGAGCCCGGACUCCGGCCCAAGUUCACCUCACCCUGGAUCAAACCAGCACCGGCCUGGCAGCCGUGGGGACAACAUCAAAAGCAAGUCACUGGGCCAAACAGACACAUUUGUUCCAAGUCGAGGGAAGUCUUUGGUGGAGAGAGUGGUAAAAGAACAGGGGAGGGUGAAAAUGAACAAAAUCCUGUCAAAUGCUCUGGAGUGGGGUGUGAAAAUUCUCUACAUAGAUGAUAUAACUGCUUAUGUUCAGAAGAAAAAAAAGAUCGUCAGCAUCCAGUGUCCUGCUACCACUGCUGUGAAAACAAGUGUCAAAGCUGGGUCAGCAGCAAAACAAGGCUUUCAGAAAUGCAAAGGGGGGCGGAUCAGUAAACCGUUCAUCAAGGUUGAGGAUUCAAGCAGACACUACCGUCCGAUCUGCCUCAGUAUGCCAAACAUGCCUGAGUUCAACCUGAAGACCACUCCUCCCUGUAGUCCCUUCUGUGUCGAGGACAAGGUUCCACCUGGGCGCAAACAACCGGGGCACAGAGCCUCAGCCAGUGAAGAGAGAGCACACGGCCGAAAGAAGAACAGAGACAAGAAACGUGGUGGCUACUGCGAGUGCUGCUUGAUCAAAUAUGAGAACGUCACAAUGCAUCUAAAGAGUGUUCGUCACAAGGCUUUCUCUAAGAGUAAGCAAUACCUGGUGGUGGACAAACUGGUUUCAAACCUGCACUGUAACUUCAUCCACGUUAAAAGACCAAAGUGCAGUGUUUCCUCUGUGCUGGCUGUUCCUGGACCAUGUGGGAAAACUGUGCAAAGACACCAGGGAGAUCUCGAUACCACAGAGAUUAUUAAAGAAGAGCAGCACCGGACUGUCGACAGGCACGAGGGAUCUUAUUCAAGGCACACUUUAAAAACCGGAGCUACUGGUUCAGCUCCUUUGAUUCAGGGGGAGGAGGAGAGGAGGAGCUGUUACACCCACUCAGACAGAUCCAAGCACAAAUCUCUUGCACGUAAACAGCCGUGCAGACAGAAUUCUAUGAUUUCUUGCACUCAAAAAGCUGAGCAGGGUCAAAUUCCUCAGCCCAAGAUGGAAACAGCCCCCUCUAGAGGUGAAUGUCUUCCCUCUAUUCCCUCCAGCGUUACUCAGGUCAACAAGGUGGACCAAACAAUAACUCAAGACAUGAACAGCUCAACCUCUCAAUUCCAUGAUAUGAACGCACAGAAUGAAGCUUCCUCAAAAUGCCUUAAAGUUAUAACAAAUCAACAAGAGGAGGCUGAUAAGAAACCGGAUUCCUCAGCGUAUGAGGCUGUUCAGGACGGCAAAAUGACUGGAAACCACCUCUCAGAAAGGGAAGAAGUGAGCCCUCCUUCACAAAGCUUCUCACCGGUUCGGAAAAUACAGAGGAGGGUCAGAGUAUAUAAACGCAAAAGACGGAAAGUGGGCACACGCAUUGAACGCGUAGAGCCAAGUGACAUUCCCGACAACUCCAUGCCGAAACUCUGGGAACUUUUUCAGUCAACGGAUGACAUGGACGUUGAAUUUCUGGGGUUUGAGGACGUUUGAGGAGAAAUUAACUGAAGGGAUAAACUGGACUAUUAUUGCCUUUUCCAGUACUUGAACCAAGCCACAUUCUGUGCCAUGGACUAUACAAGCCACUAGAUUUUUCUCGUCUUCAGAAACAUCAGUUUACUGACGGCAGUUAUCUUACUCUAUAUCCGAUGAAAGGCAGCUGCUGAUGUGCUGUAGCAUUUUGUUCACAGCUUUGUAUAAGAUAUAAAACUUGAAAGAGAUAAACCAGUGUAAUAAUUAUCUUUACAGUGGCUUUAAAAUUACAAUUUGCACAUUUUCUUGUGCAGCAAAAAAUGGUUGAAAAUACAUUUAAACUCAACACAAGAAGAACUGUCAAAGUGGACAGAAAAUUGAAGAAAUGUAUUUGAAACUAAUAUUCCCAUGACUACAAAAGCCCUAAACAGACAUGAUUCAAACAUUUUUUUUUUUAAUACCGUUAUCUCGACAAUGACUGAUACAUUUGAGUUGAAGACAUCUCUAACUACAUACAGACACAAAAUCCGUCCACUAACUUCACCAGGUCUGGUGUGAUUUGAAUUGACUUGAAAUGAUUUGACCCAAACAUUAUAAGUAAUGAAAGAAAACAACCUUUUGUGUCCUUGUGAUAACAAGUUAAUUUUCUUGUUAUCUCGAGAUAACAAAGCUUGUUUUCUCGAGUUGACGACAUAAAUAACUCAUGAUCUCGA